CCAAAAAGACCCCCUACUAACCACCCCUUCUAUUCUUCUCCUUUCAUAUCAAUUAAAAAAAAAAAAAAAAAAAAAAAAAUACAGAAGUAGGGGCAUACAGCUUUCUUUACUCAGUUUCUGACUUUUCUUUCCUUUCUUUCUUUCCUUCUUUCUUAGCUUAGCGAUGAGAGUCCCGGCUAACCCUCCACAUACCAACCAGUCUUCUAACCCUAAAUCUGAACCUUGCAACAACAGCAACACCAAUAGCCAUAGCCGUAACAUCGGCUUGCAUAGUCCUAGCAUGUGUUACGAGCCGACUUCGGUGCUCGACCUUCGCCGGAGUCCCAGCCCCGUGGCCGGAAAACCAACCAAGGUUUCUGCUAUUUCCGACGUUUUGUCUCAUCAGCCAAAUGAUCCUCUUGAGUUGGACGAGCUGCAGGCGUUGCAUAACUUCGAUUGGGAUUCCGUCAUGAAGGAUUUGGGCUUGCCUGAUGAGUCCGUACCUGUUUUGAAGACCGUGACUCCACCAUUCAAUUCCUCCGAGCCUCAAAUUCCUCAUCUCCCUAUGUUCCCGCAACCUCAGCCGUUCGAUCCCACCCAGUUGGUUCAAUCCGAUUUUAAUCUCUCCGAGUUGUAUUCCGAUCACAAUCUAGCUCAGAAUUUAAACUCUUUCGAUCUCGCAGUUGAUAUCCAUCAUGGAGGUAAUUGGAACGUUGGAUUUGAUUUCAUCGAAGAUCUUAUCCGAGCAGCUGACUGUUUCGACUCUGACAAUUUACAACUCGCCCAUGUGAUAUUGGAGCGGCUCAAUCAGCGUCUGCGCUCUUCGCCUGUUGGAAAACCCGUCGGAAAAGGGCUACGGCGAGCUGCUCUAUAUUUCAAAGAAGCUCUUCAAUCCCUUCUUCUUAACGGUUCGAACAGGAUGACGAUGACUCGGAUGUCUAACUGGUCGGAAAUCGUUCAAACCAUCAAAGCCUACAGGGCUUUCUCUAAUAUGUCUCCAAUCCCUAUGUUCUCUCACUUCACCACCAACCAAGCACUCCUAGAAGCUCUUAACGGAUCCAACUUCAUCCACAUCAUAGAUUUCGAUAUCGGUCUCGGAGGCCAACAUGCUUCGUUCAUGAAGGAACUUGCAGAGAAAGCUGUCGCUUUGAGAGUCAAUCCACCAGUUCUUCGUAUCACAGCUGUGGUGGCGGAGGAGUACGUAACCGAAAGCAGAUUGAUUACAGAAAACCUUACUCAGUUCGCUCAAGAACUCAAAAUCAGGUUCCAGAUUGAAUUCGUGUCUAUUCAUACUUUCGAAAUGUUAUCUUUCAAAGGCAUAAAGUUCAUAGACGGAGAGAAGACCGCAGUUCUCUUAUCUCCGUGUAUUCUCCGGCGUCUCGAUCCGACCAACCGAACCGCCGGGUUUUUAGCCGAUAUCCGGCGGCUCUCACCGGUGGUUGUGGUUUUCGUGGACAGCGAAGGGUUGGGGGAAGCGGGAGCGGCGUCGUUUCGGAGGAACUUCGUUUCCAGCCUCGAGUUCUACUCCAUGAUGUUGGAGUCGCUGGACUCGUCUAUGUCCGGCGGGGAUUUCGUUCCGAAGAUAGAAACGUUUCUUUUGAAGCCGAAGAUUCAGUUGGCCGUAGAAUCGGCUGGUCGGAGAGGACCGGCUUGGCGGGAAGUGUUUCGUGGCGUGGGAAUGAGGCCGGUUCAGCUGAGCGAGUUUGCGGUUUUUCAAGCCAAGUUGCUUUUGGCGAAGAUCCAGGUCAGCGGUUUUCAGGUUGGAAAACGACAGGCCGACCAAGCUGAGCUGGUGCUUUGGUGGCAUGAGCGGGCCAUGGUUGCCACGUCAGCUUGGAGGUGUUAGCUCAGCUAGUUAGGGUGGGACAUAUAUAUAUAUAUAUAUAUAUAUAUAUAUAACUUUCUUAGCAUAAUAGCCGAAAAUGGUAAAGGUGUGGGUUAUGGUUUGGGAUGUAAUUAAAUUGUAAGUUAAUUAUCCCUUACCAUUGUAUUUCUCUACUUUUCUAUGUUUGGUAGUUUCUGUUUUUGUCUCUUUGGAAAGAAGCUGGUUGACCCUCCUCCCUUGAUCUUUUUUUAUUUUUCUUUUGGAGGUUUUGCUUGUUUUCUAACAUACAUAAUAUGGGAGAUUACACAGUUAUUGGGGCAACGUCCUUACACCUGUUUAUGUAUCAAA